AUGCGGAGUAACGAACAUUAUCAAGAUGAUAUUAUGUACAUCACGAAAGUAACGCGUCACGUUUUAAGUGUACUCGGAGUUUGGCCAUCUUUGUCUGUAAACAAAUCCUUCGGCGGCAAGAUUUGUAGGCUCCUGUUGAUUACGAUCUCUUGGACUCUCCUCUAUUGCGUCCUGAUUCCUGGUUUCCUCUUCUGGCUUAUUGAGAAGAGAACGCGCAUUAAGAUUCAGACGACUCCUAUACUCCUGUUCGGUGUCAUGGCAAUCGGUAAAUACAGCAAUUUGAUAUUUCGAGAAGGACAGAUCAAGCGUUGCCUGAAACACAUCGAAGAUGACUGGAAAAACGUGAUGAAUACGGACGCACGAAACACAAUGCUCGAAUCAGCGAGAACUGGGAGACGUCUGGUCGUACUUUGCGGAGUCUUCAUGUACGGUAGCGGGCUCUCCUUCCGGUCGAUCCUGCCGUUGUCCAAAGGAAAGAUCGUUACCGCGCAAAAUAUCACGAUCAAGCCUUUGCCUUGUCCGGGUUACUUUUUCUCCCUCGACGCGCAAGUCAGCCCGAAUUACGAGAUGAUUUUCGCGAUGCAGUUCUUCUCGGGUUUAGUUACCUUCUCGAUUACGACGGGCGUUUGUGGUCUUACAGCUGUCUUUGUAAUGCAUGCUUGUGGCCAGUUGAAAAUACUGAUAAAUCUGAUGACACAUCUUGUCGAAGAGCAGUGGAAUGAGAAACACAGUGUGAAUCGGAAGCUGGCCGAAAUUGUUGAAUAUCAAAUACGAAUACGAAAUUUUUUGAAAUUAGUGGAGCACACUAUGCAACAAGUAUGUCUGAUAGAAUUAAUGGGUUGCUCGAUAGUCGUCUGCAUUCUAGGAUAUUGUAUAAUAAUGGAAUGGGAGAAUAGCAAUACAAUAGGUAUGUGCACUUAUUUCAUAGCGCUCAUAUCUCUGAUGAUAAAUAUGUUUAUGUUUUGUUACACUGGUGAACAACUCUCCAUCCAGGCGGAAAAAGUAGCUAUUACAUCGUGCGAGCUUGAGUGGUACCGUCUUCCGGACAGGAAAGCACGCGGCAUCGUGCUUGUGAUGAUCAUGUCCAACUCGCCGACCAAGAUUACCGCUGGAAAAGUCAUGGACCUCUCCCUCAAGACAUUUGGUGACGUAAGAUGA